AUGGCGCUCGACACUUUCUUCCACAACAAGAUCGAGAGCAUGAAGCUCGAGAUCAUUCAGCGUCAAGCCGUCCUCCGCAGACUGGAAGCGCAAAGGAACGACUACAACUCAAGAGUGCGCCUGCUACGCGAGGAGCUGGGCCUGCUCCAGCAACCUGGCUCCUACGUGGGUGAGGUUGUCAAGGUCAUGAGCACAAAGAAGGUCUUGGUCAAGGUGCAUCCCGAAGGCAAAUACGGUACGUGGAAACAAGACGGCCAUCACGUUGUGCGUCCUGCUAACUCUUCGCGCCAGNUCGUUGAUGUCGCCGACGAUAUCGACAUGUCCAAACUCACCGCCGGCAAGCGUGUCACUCUCCUCUCCGACUCAUACAAGCUCUCAUCCAUGCUUCCCUCAUCCGUCGACCCUCUCGUCUCGCUCAUGAUGGUUGAGAAGGUGCCUGACAGUACCUACGAUAUGAUUGGUGGUCUCGACGAGCAGAUCAAGCAAAUCAAGGAGGUCAUUGAGCUUGGUCUCAAGCACCCCGAACUUUUCGAAUCGCUCGGUAUCGCACAACCCAAGGGUGUCCUUCUGUACGGCCCUCCCGGAACAGGAAAGACGUUGUUGGCAAGAGCUGUGGCCCAUCACACCGACUGCAAGUUCAUCAGAGUUUCUGGUUCUGAGCUGGUGCAAAAGUACAUUGGAGAGGGUUCAAGAAUGGUGCGCGAGCUGUUCGUCAUGGCACGAGAGCACGCUCCCAGUAUCAUCUUCAUGGACGAGAUUGACAGUAUUGGUUCUUCGCGUGUCGAGGGUUCCAGUGGUGGUGACAGUGAAGUCCAGCGCACUAUGCUGGAACUGCUCAACCAGCUCGAUGGUUUCGAGCCCACCAAGAACAUCAAGAUUAUCAUGGCCACCAACCGUCUCGACAUUCUGGAUCCCGCCCUCCUCAGACCCGGUCGUAUCGACAGAAAGAUCGAGUUUCCCNCACCAACCGUCGAGGCUCGUGCCGACAUUCUCCGUAUCCACAGUCGCUCCAUGAACCUGACCAGAGGCAUCAACCUCACCAAGGUUGCCGAGAAGAUGAAUGGAUGCUCAGGUGCCGAGCUCAAGGGUGUUUGCACAGAAGCCGGCAUGUUCGCCCUCAGAGAAAGAAGAGUCCACGUCACUCAGGAGGACUUUGACCUUGCAACCGCAAAGGUGCUCAACAGACACAACGACCAACAGGUCUCGCUCACCAAGCUAUGGAAGUAG